AAAGACAUUUCGCGAAUGCGGCGGUCUUUAUCUUCCCUGCCUCGCCAGUCGCCGCCGCCGAUAUCCCGUGGGGCUGAUAGCCGGCGGUCCGGCGAGACAGGAGGCGUGAUUUUUUAACUGCGCGGAGGAGAGUUUUCCGGCGACCGGUUUCGCCCCGGUGCCGGAGACGGUCGGUGAUCUGCUCCAAAGCCUCAGCUGGGGGUGCUCUCUCCCUUUUCGCACCAGCCGAGAAGGGCUAUGGCGGUCGACUUGGGAUCGGCCCUUCAAGACGAAGCAGAGGAGGAGGAGCGCGCGGUGGACGGAGACGCGCCGGCUCAUCAUCCCGCCGCGCCUCCCGACGAGUUAUUUGACCUCCCAACAACAGUUGAUCCCAGCUAUAUAAUUUCCCUCAUACGGAAACUUCUGCCACCCAAUCAGACAUAUAACUCUUGCUCCAGUGGAGUUGACGGAAAUAAUUCCCAGAAGUCUAGCUCAGAUUCCAUUGAAGAAAAGCGGGCCCCACUGGAUAAUAUGAGAGUACAAGACUCAGCAAAUGACUUUGCUGAGACAAUGGAUGUUAUUGAUGAUAAUAAGGAAUCUGCCUGUGAAGAAGGCAAAGUUGAUGGAGAGUCAGGUUGCGGAAAUGGAUUGCCCAAAGCUUCUACAUUAGAAGAGGUUUGGGAAGGGAAUGGUUGCAUUCUGUGGGACCUUGCUGCAAGUCAAACUCAUGCAGAACUCAUGGUUGAGAACCUUGUCCUGGACGUGCUUCUGGCAAACUUCACAGUCUCCCAAUCCACUAGGGUUAGAGAGAUUUGUCUUGGAAUUUUAGGGAAUGUUGCUUGCCAUGAGGUUCUUAUGAAGAGUAUAGUUUCUACUAAGGGGCUCAUCGACACAAUUGUGGAUCAACUGUUUUUGGAUGAUACACAAUGCUUAUGUGAAGCUUGCCGGUUUCUGAGCUUGGCUAUUCAAUGUAAUGAAAGUAUUACUUGGGCGGAGGCUUUGCUGCCUGACCAUGUUCUUCGCCGUCUUGUUUGGAUUGCAGAGAACACCUUGAAUCCACUGCUUAUAGAAAAGAGUGUUGGGUUACUUUUAACGAUCUUGGAAAAUCAACAAGUUGCGUCAAUUCUUCUUCCUCCUUUGAUUGAUAUCGGCCUGCCAAAUGUCCUCUUCAAUCUUCUGGCUUUUGAAAUGAGCCAACUAACAAGUGAAAAAAACCUCGAAAGAUACCCUGUGCUCGAUGUAAUUCUCCGUGCAAUUGAGGCUUUGUCUGUGACGGAUGAUCAUUCUGACAAAAUUUCUUCAAAUAAGGAACUCAUUGGACUUGUUUGUGACCUGGUCAAACUUCCUGAUAAGGUGGAGAUUGCCGAUUCUUGUGUUACUGCAGCAGUUCUGAUGGCAAACAUUAUGUCUGAUGUCACUGAUCUUGCUCCAGUGAUGUCACAAGAUUUGCCCUUUUUACAGGGUUUGCUUGAUAUACUACCAUUUGCUGCAAAUGACAUAGAAGCACGGAAUGCUCUGUGGAGUAUUAUUGUCCGAUUGCUGGUUCAUAUUAAGGAAAGUGAAAUCGGAUUUUCCAGUUUGUAUCAAUGUGUGUCAGUUCUUGCAAGCAAGUGUGAUAUGAUCGAAGAAGAUCUUUUGGACCAUCAAACAGAUUCAUUCAUUAAACAUGGAAGCUCUGAGGGUUGUGAGAUUAAACCAAAUGUCAUUAUGGCUCUCGAACGGAUAAUUAGUAUAUUGCACCAGUGGAAAACUUUGAAGGAUAACACUGAGGCGAACAGUUUGUCAGAAAAGCAUCAUGUUGAUGGAUCCUUGGUUGAUAAGUUGCUUCACUGCUGUGAAAGAUAUAUCAAAUGUUAAUCCUAGCAGGUGAUUGACGCCUGGAUAUGGCAUACCGGCACUACCGGUGCUGGUUCUGCAAUGUUCCACUUGCCAUUUCCAUUGUCUGCAAGGAUUUUAGCUACUGCAGACACAUCCUGAUGGACCAUUUCAAUCAACCUGUCCUUGAAGUAACUUCUGCAUGUAUGAGGGUUGCAGUGCCGUGCAUGUUGGAGGUCUCAUUGGACUUGCGUAAACAUCGCCGCAUCCGUCUGAUAAUUUUGAUCAUGAAAAUCAUGGAGUGAACUCCAGAUUCAGAUGUACUUGUUUGAAAAGCAUUGUCAGUCCAGUGGAUAGCUGUCCCUCCAUGGCACUGAUAGGUUAUGUCUAAAGUUCACGGAGACUGGACAUUCGGAGAAGGCGUCUUUUUUAAGUCUGUACUUUCCAUGACGUUAUGGAGCACUCUCAUUACAAUGUCUAGGGCUGCCUGGCUUUGCGGAUAAAGUGAUGCAGUAACAUUCAGUGAAUUGCUUUUCAACCUGGUGGGGACUUGUGAUAUGCAUGAGCAGUCUCAGAUUCUAAUUGUUCAGGGCUUUUGUCAUUGCGAGACACAGUGCAUUUAUCUUGCGGUUGUCUCCCAAAGGUAUUUGAGUUCGCAUGUUUGAUCUACUUCUCAUCAAAAUUUCUUCUUCCCAUGUAUACACUUCUCUCCUCUGCUUGUUAGUUCUUCUCCUGCUCAGUAGUGAAAUUACUUAUGAUUUGAGGUCUAAGAAUUAGGCAAUCAAAAUGAUAUUAUGAAAGAUCCUAUUUUUUUUUUUUUCUGAAGAUUAUAAAAUUCUACUUAGAAUGUCGUGUA